CAAUCCCUGAAAGAAACAGCAAGGAGGGUGGUUGGCUCACAUCAACCAACCGGCAGCCUGUUGUUUGGUCGGGAUAGGUUGCGUCACCCUGAGCGGUGAUAACUUUGAGCACUUUAAGCGAGGGCUGAGCAUCAGCCACCAUGCAAGCCAGCAUCUGAUGGUGAGCGGGCCCUGUCCAAGGCGACGCAGAAUCUUGCGGUCAACAGGUCGUUUGGAUGAGCAGCCUCGCUGGUUUGUCUAUAUUUUUCGUCGCUGUCACUUCGAAUCUCUUCGAGAACAAUGCUCUGCUCCGUUUGUUUACAUUCUGUGUGUCUUAACCUUCAACCACAGUCGUCUACUUAACUCCCAAAACCGAUUUCCAAGUCAAGAUUCAGACAUCACUACAACUAUCUUGAUCUUUUCAACCUCUUCCCCAGAGAACCACGCUGAGCAUCUCGAUCCACUUCAUCGGAACAAAUAUUCCAAUCAUCGAAGAUCAAUCAUGACCACCCAAAGCCCAGAUACAUCUCAAGAAAUAACCCUCCAACCUCAGACCACGACUCCACCAAAAACGAAAGAGACAGCGCGAUACAGAUGUGACAUUUGCGCCAAAGCAUUCACGCGCUCAGCAACCCUAGCCCAUCAUGUCCGAACACAUACUGGCGAACGACCAUUCCAAUGCAGCUCAUGUUCGAAAGGCUUUGCAAGAUUGAAGGACAUGAAACGCCAUGAGCUUUUGCAUAGUACCGAGAGGAAGUUCGUUUGCCAAGGGGUUGUGGAUGUGAGUGGGGAGGAUGUUGACUGGGGCUGUGGGAGGAAAUUCGCAAGGCAAGAUGGCCUUGUGGCUCACCUCCGAUCUAUUUUGGAAACUAGAUACAACUUUUGUUUUUUCGAACUGGCAUAUGAAUUAAGGCUCGCCAUGAGCAAAAAAGACUGGAAAUACCCAAAGUAUCUACUUCACCAAGGAAUCUGGACAUGUCAAUUUAACGGCCCAUCGAAUCUUUCAAAAAGAGAAGCUAUCCCAACUGGUUGUGGGCGCAAGUUCGAAGGGGCGAAACCUCUGAGGAAACAUCUCGCCGAUGGGGGCUCACAAUGGUGGAGGGCUUUGGACUGGCAGGCCCAAAGUGAUGCAAUGGGUUUGGUGGUAGCACGUGCAUCUCAUAUUCCACACAACAGAGAGGAACUAAAACCUCCAAAGAGACUCUCCUCGUCGUGCCAAAAUCUCAGAAUUCAUGGCUCUACAAUUUCUUUCUGGGACAUAGACAAAUCAACGCAGGUGAUUUUGGGUAUGCCACCAGAAAUCGACUCUUGGAGGCCGUUCGAUUUGGACAUUGGCGGGACCAAAAUCACCAACUUCAGGAUGAGGAAGUACGAUGGCACAAUCUACAUUUCUGGGAAUGUCUAUGAACUCCUCUUCAUCAUCCCCGAUGCACCCUGUACCAUUGACGAAGAUGCUCCAAUCAUUCUACGGGCAAAUCUUGUGGGAGACUGCAACUCUUAUUCCUACGACAAAAUGAUUCUGGGGGUAUUCAAGUCUAAGUCUCGCAGUACGACCCCACAAUCUGUUCGAGCAAAUGGAAAGGAAAUAGUAUCCAGAAAGGGGGUAUGGCAACUCAUUUCGCAAUACGAUGGGGAGAACAUCGGCGUUACCUGGUCCAACGGCGAGCUGGAGCUCCACUUCCUGAAGGAGGUAUCUGUUACGAGAGUAGAACAGAAGUUAUGGUAGAUAGAUCAGGUAAACAUUGGGAGUCUUCAACGGACGUUGCAGGAGGAAUUGUUAGGAACUUUGUAACUGGCAGCAUUCAUAACCCCUUCCCAUCCCACACAAUCCACUCUCACCCCAUACAGUCUUCGUAGUAAUGCAGUCGAG